UUCCUACACCUCACCCAAAAAUAAAAAAGAAAAAUAAAAAUGACCAAUUUGUUGGAAUUUAAUUAUCCCACUUCCCGUUUCUCCAUCUCCACGAAACAAAACCCACACCGCGUUCUUCCCCAAAUUACCCUCUUUCUUCUGUCUCUCAACCUCCAUCUCUCUCAUGGAUCAGCCAACAAUCAGCGCAAGGAGAAGCUUGAAGCGGAAGCUAGAGCAGGAAUUCCAUGAAGAUAGAGAUGAUCGCAAGUUUCCGGCCACCGAAACCGAAGCUGAAGCCGAUAAGAGUUGCCAAGAUCUGGCGCGUGAUAUCCAAGCCCAAGUGGAUAUCCUUAACUCUUCUCUCUCUUCUUUGGAAGCCGAUCGCGCCGCUGCCAAGCGUGCUGUUCACUUCCUUUCUCAGCUUGCCAAGAACGAGGAACUCGUUAAUUUGAUAGUGAGUUGUGGAGCUGUGCCAGCGCUGGUGAUGCAUCUUCAGGCGCCGCCGCCUUUGAGAGGUGAAAGUAGUCUGAUACCGUACGAACAUGAGGUGGAGAAAGGAAGUGCUUUCACGCUUGGACUUAUCGCUGUGAAACCUGAACAUCAACAACUCAUAGUAGAUUCUGGAGCUCUAUUCCAUCUUGUGGAGUUGUUGAAGAGACAUAAGAGUAGUGGUAAUUCUCGAGCAGUCAAUGGUGUAAUCAGGAAAGCAGCUGAUGCAAUCACUAACCUUGCUCAUGAGAAUAAUGUCAUUAAAACACGUGUCAGGAUUGAAGGUGGCAUCCCGCCUCUUGUUGAAUUGCUUGAGUGUGUUGAUGUAAAGAUACAGAGAGCAGCUGCAGGGGCAUUGCGGACCCUUGCAUUUAAAAAUGAUGAAAACAAAAAUCAGAUUGUAGAAUGCAAUGCUCUACCCACUCUGAUACUGAUGCUUCAAUCAGAGGAUACUACCAUCCAUUAUGAAGCGGUUGGUGUUAUUGGAAAUCUGGUCCACUCUUCCCCCAACAUAAAGAAAGAAGUUCUUCUUGCUGGAGCUUUACAACCAGUGAUUGGAUUGCUUAGCUGCAGCUGUUCUGAAAGCCAAAGAGAAGCAGCAUUGUUAUUGGGUCAAUUUGCUGCUGCUGAUUCAGAUUGUAAGGUGCAUAUAGUUCAAAGAGGAGCUGUCCGGCCAUUAAUUGAUAUGCUCGAUUCCCCAGAUGCACAACUUAAAGAAAUGUCAACCUUUGCACUUGGGAGGUUGGCACAGGAGACACACAACCAAGCUGGUAUUGCCCAUAAUGGUGGCAUAAUGCCAUUGCUUAAGCUUCUUGAAUCAAAGAAUGGAUCUUUGCAACAUAAUGCUGCUUUUGCUCUAUAUGGCCUUGCUGAUAAUGAGGAUAAUGUUGCAGAGCUUGUCAAGGUUGGUGGUGUUCAGAAACUGCAAGAUGGAGAAUUCAUUGUUCAAGCCACAAAGGAUUGUGUUGAAAAAACAUUGAAAAGACUAGAGGAGAAAAUUCAUGGGCGAGUACUGAAACUCCUUUUAUAUUUGAUGCGGGUUGCGGAGAAAUCUGUUCAAAGACAAAUUGCUUUGGCUCUUGCUCAUCUCUGUGCUUCUGAUGAUCGAAAAGCUAUUUUUCUUGAUAACCAUGGGUUAGAGUUGCUGCUGGGGCUUCUUGAGUCUGGAAACCAGAGGCAGCAACAUGCUGGUGCUGUGGCUUUGUACAAGUUGGCCACCAAAACCACUUCAAUCUCCCUUUUGGAUGCAGCUCCUUUAUCUCCAACACCACAGGUAUAUUUGGGUGAGCAAUAUGUUAACAAUUCCACAUUGGCUGAUGUUACAUUCUUAGUUGAAGGUAAACGGUUCUACGCUCAUAGAAUUUGUCUGCUUGCUUCUUCGGAUGCUUUCCGUGCAAUGUUUGAUGGGGGUUACAGGGAGAGGGAUGCUAAAGAUGUGGAGAUCCCAAAUAUUAGAUGGGAUGUUUUUGAGUUGAUGAUGAGGUUCAUAUAUACAGGAUCUGUGGAUGUUGAUAUUGAGAUUGCACAGGAUCUUCUUAAAGCUGCUGAUCAAUAUCUUUUGGAAGGUCUUAAGCGUCUCUGUGAGUGUACUAUUGCACAGGAUAUUUCCGUGGAAAAUGUUUCACUUAUGUACGAGUUAUCAGAAGGCUUUAAUGCUAGGUCAUUGAUGGAAGCUUGCAUACUGUUUAUAUUUGAGCAAUUUGACAAAAUGAGUUCCAAGCCAUGAUUUAUUCAGAAGUUUACAAUCCACUUGUUCAAUGGGGACGCCCAUCAAGCAGCUUUUCGUAUCUCAUCUGAUUUUCGAAAAGGGAAGUUUGGUUGGGUGGCACUGGAGACCGGAGAGGCCCCCCAGGUAAUGCUGUUGGUAGCUUUGAAUGGAUUGACUAUAUUUCUAAAGCUUCUAUCCGUGACUAUGAUGCUUAAGAGUGCCAAAUGUUGAAACUUUGUAGAUAUUAAUAUUGUUAUGUUAGAGGGAGAAAGCUUCCAGUUAUUCUAAAACCCAUGAAUCAAAUGUAGACAGUACAACCGUAAAAUCUGCGGGGGACCUAAACUUAGCUGGAGUAUAUAAAAUGAAGCUUUGCAUCACGCAUUGGUAUUUGGUAGUGUACUUGCCCAUCUGUUUAUCAGGUUUAUCAAAUUGUUGUCUCCAGUGAAUUUUGUAACAACAUUUUGUUUGUAUCAAGCAUAGCAAAUCGCUGUAAGCGCCUGGUGGAAAGGCUUUUGUCGUAUGCCUUCUGUUUAUACUGAAACGUAUAAUAUUCCAAUUUUUAUAUCAACCCAAA